CCAUAUGGUAACUUGGAUUCUUUACUCCGGAAUAUUAACAUUUUAGAAAAGCAUACACAUUUGCCGGGCGCAUCAUGGAAGAAUUUAAGAAGCCUUUAAUGCCGAUGCCGACCAAAGCCGAUGAACCGGCAAGUGAAACAGAAGCAAUAAAAGAGUCCACCGGGGAUUCAAAGGAGGAAAACCGAGACAGCGGAAAGGUACAAGCACAACAAAAUUGUCCAUACAAAGUUCCAUUGUGGUCAGGCACCCCUCACUCCAAUCGGAAUUAUUCAUUUGAGGUACUCAAAUCUGGGCAAAUAAUAGAUGAAGUGAAAAAUUUACAAAACAAACCUUACUGGACAUUCGGUAGACUGCCGGAGAACGACAUAGAAAUGGCUCAUCCGACUAUAUCCCGAUUUCAUGCCAUUCUGCAGUAUAAGCCAAUGAGAAAUGAUACAGCAAAUGCCGAGGACAACAGCGAAACAGAAAAUGUGGAAGAUGACAACAACAAAGGGCCGCCGGAAGGCUGGUACAUAUACGAUUUGGAUAGUACACAUGGAACGUUUCUAAACAAACAACGUAUACCACCUAAGGUUUAUAUACGUAUUAAGGUAGGUUUUAUUUUGCGUUUGGGUGCCAGCACCAGAUCGUAUAUUUUACAAGGACCCUCAGAAGAUGAGGAGCCAGAAUCCGAAUUGACUGUAACGGAGCUCAAAGCUAAACGCCAACGAGAUUUGGAAGAAGCUGCUUUGCAAAAACAACGCAUGGCUGAAGAAGCGGAAGAACGUGAACGCAAUGAAGGUUGCAGCUGGGGCAUGGGUGAUGAUGCCGACGAAGAGACAGAUCUCACUCACAAUCCCUAUGCAUCGACCAAUAAUGAGGAAUUAUUUUUGGAUGAUCCCAAAAAGACGUUAAGGGGUUACUUUGAACGGGAGGGUUUGCAAUUGGAAUAUAAAUGCGAUGAAAUGUCGGCGGGUUCAUUUGUAUGUCGGGUUGAAUUACCCUUGGAUGAUGACAACGGACGUCCCAUAAUUGCCGAGGUGGUGCAUAAAGGCAAGAAAAAAGAGUGUGUGGUGCAAUGUGCAUUAGAGGCCUGCCGAAUUCUGGAUCGCCAUGGAGUUCUAAGGCAAGCCAACCAAGAGCCGUUGAAAAGAAAGCAGAAAUCAAAAGAUUCCGAUUCAGAUGAUGAUGAAUUUUGGGAUCGCACUGGCGAUGUGGCCAGAAAGAAACAGAGAAAAGCUAAUGCCUCGACAAGCGUGACACUGACUUAUGAGGAUUUGCUCAAACAAGAAGCCGAAUUAAAUCGCGAACUGGAUCAAAUUCGAAAUAAUAUUCUGGCAUAUCAAGAGCAGCAAAGAAGUUUAAAAAUGCAAAAGGAAAAAGAACUGGGUGAUGAUUUGGAUAGUUAUAUGGAAAAUCUACAAAAUAAGGAGACACCCAUGGACAAGACCGAGAUAAAGAAGUUAAGGCUGGAAGAGUUACGUAUCAAAACAGAAAUCCAGCGUAACCAAAGGCUUCUGAAAAUUGCCAAACCUGCAGAUCUGCCAUUCAUUAAAAAUCCCUUAGAAAUGAAUCCCCAAGAUCUUGAGAACAAAAACGAGGCAAAGAAAAAGCCAAUGCCUAUGAUAGGAAAACGUAAUCAGUUUAGUAAAUUUAAAUUAGUCAAACCUUUGGCAGCUCCAUCUGAAAAACAAAUCAAGCCCCACCACAGUUUAGCAUCCGAUGAGGAAGAGAUAGAAGAGGAAGAUAAUGACAAUGUACCAGAGAGCGCAAGACCUACAUCAGCUAAAAGUGGUACAAAAUUAAACAUAAAUGAAGUAUUUGAAAGUGCUACAGAUGCAGCUGCGCAAGACAAUAAGGAGACAACAAAUGAGGAUAAGAAAGUAUUGGAUGACUCAUCACUGUCGCCAGGUAUCACGGCCAAGUUAUCUGAGGAAAAUGAAACUUCGUUUGACAUGGAAAAACCAAAUGAUGAUACUGUAAACAAAACUUCAAAGGAGUCUUCUAUGGAACACAUAUCGCGUUAUAGCUUAAACGAAACAUCAGAGUCUAUAACUGCCAGAGAUACUGCAAAGAAGCGCCGCCAACGCAAUCGACAACGAGGCAAACGGGAGGUGGACAUCGAUGAAGACAUUGAACAUGAGUCCACAGAGAAAUAUGCCAAAUGGGUACCACCAGAAAAUCAAUCGGGUGAUGGCAUUACAGAAUUAAAUGAAAAAUAUGGAUACUAGAUGUAAACAAAUAAUAUUAGGGUUAAAAAAAAUAAAGACAAGUCAGGAUACAAUUUGCUAUUCUGAAUGUGUUACAAUUCUGUUACGAAAA